AUGGCAACCACACUAUGCUUGGUCUGUUCCAGGUGCGAGCAUCCCAUCUGCUCCCGUGAUGACCUCCUCAUGACAGCUGUGGCUAAAGGGACAACGGAGAAUGCCUUUGUGUACAAUCUAGAAGACCUGCUGAAUCUGGAAGUCUCCGUGCCGUGCUACAGUGGCGAUGAAGUGGCCGAAGUGAGUGUUGUUGUCUCAGAGAAAAUACUCACAGCACCAUUGCCGCCGGCAGCACGGCUUCUAGCAUUAGAGGCUGUUGUAGAGUCGCAACGCCUGCAGCGACCGCAGCAAGAGGUGUCGCCGGACGCUGGUGGGGUAGCACAUGCACCAGGGGGAAGUGAUCGUGACACAGCUCAUUCUGGAGGCACAUCCUUCAUGAGUGGUGACACCACCGUUGACACAGGGACCGUCGAGGAGGAAAAUGACCAAAGCGAGGCGAACCCGACACAACCGGAGCAGGUCUCUUUAAACAACAGUAUCAAUGAACAUGUGCUUCGGUCGUUAGCGCGCUUCGGUGGAGUGAAAGAGUGCCGUGUGGACUUAAUCUGUGUCAAGGAGGACGUUCAGUUGGGCGGCCUUGUGUUAUGCACUAAAGAUCGCAGCGCCGGCGUGCCACCAGCACCACCCUCGUCGAGCUCACAGGGUGACGCUGAGAACAGCAACACCAACGACAAUGCACCGCAUUCCCGCGUGCCGCACUCCAUUGUUGAGGCGGCGCACCGUCCACCGCCGCCCACACAGUGGUCGACGCAUCCCGGCAACCUCGUUGUGGAAGAGGCAUACAUCCAGGUGCGGCGCCGCACUAAGACGGCACGGUGCCCGUGGUUCGAGGCCUACGACUGCCGCGGGCGGCUGGAGUGCUCGGACUGUCACCUCGGACUUGGUUUCCUGUUCGUGCGCAAAACGUGCGAGAGCGCCUCACCACUAACACCGACAGAAGACACGGUGGAGUAUAGGAGUGUGGCGCAGGCGGAUGAAGGGAAUGUCGAGGGCGUUCACGAACCCCACCAAAAGAGAGAGCGGAAGGAAGACGAGGGGCGAUGCGACGGGGGUGGAGAGCACCAGCAAGAACAAAAGUCUAAGGAUGGCGGCGGCGCGGAUCAGUAUCCUGACACCUUUGUGGGUUUGGAGCUCAAAAAGAUCCGCCAGCGUGAGUGGGGCCUCCGAGAUUUCCAAAAACGAUACGAGCAGGCGAAAAAUCUCAAGACUUUUCGCGAGUUGUUUCCUGAGGCGGAGGAGCUUGAAAGUCUGUACGGUCGCCUCACAGCGCUCCGGACGCAGUCGGAGCUUUAUAACAAUCUCCUUCGCAAGCACAAGGAGCAGAAUGAUGUGCAGAGUGCGCUUCUCCAAAGUCAAAAGGAGCGCAUUCACACAUAUGAAGAGAAGCUUCGUACCAUGCAGCAAAUCAUUGAGGCGCAGCGGGCGCAGCUCGAGAUGCAGGGCCGACAAAUCAAGCAUCAAGAAGAACUUGUGCGAAAUCACAAGAGUCAAGUUGUCACGCAACAACAUCAGAUACAUGUAGAGCAGCUGUUGCUCAGCGAACAGAGCAGAACGAUCGAGUCACAGCGAGAGCAGCUGACUCUUAUACAGACCCACUUGCGGGCUCGGAUGAUGAAAGAACAGCUAGAGGAACGCUGCGGUCAACUUACCACCCUUCUUCAACAAGCCGAGGAACAACAUCAGACACAAAGCUCUGUACUUGCUGCUGUCACCACACCGCUUCAAAGCAGGUUGCGUCCCACAACCCCUUUGAUGUCGCACCCUACAGGCGUUACAGGGCCUGCAUCCCGUGAUGAUGAGGUUGUACAACUAACCGAUGAGGAUUCUACCAAAAGGGAAGUGGAUUUGCAGCAGUACCGAGCAAAUCAAAGCAAUGUAUUGCCAUCUCUUCCUGUUGCUCGCAUUGGAGGAGCUAGUGGUAGUGGUGGGAAUGAGAUUAAAAGUGGUGCGGUGGAGUGCUGGUCUCAGAGGUGGGCAGAAAAAGCUUCACCAGCUGCCGUUACAACUAGUGGUGAAAAAGUUCGGCCUACAAAUACCUCUGAGCUGAGUACGGCUGAACGCACAGCGGCGAUUAUGCGCAGACUUGCGGAGGAGCGUGCGCGUCGGUGCGCUGCGGCGGAGUCAUCAGGUCCAACCAGCAGAUCUAUGAAGACUCCAAAGGUGGAGGAUGGGGUGCGGACUGCGGGGGGCGUGCAGGUACCGAGUGGAGAAAGCAGCAACAGCAGCGAGAGUAACAACGCGUGUCCCCAUCCUUCACGGCGGGAGGAAUAA